GGCGGCACCUAUGGGAGGCCGUAAUCUGCCAGCAACCUAUGACAAAAUGGAAAACCGCAGGAGUGUGAGGAGACCUCAAAGUGGCACAUGGCAGAGUGGGAGCAAUGGGAGGCCGUACAGGGACCCAGGUCACACUGUGGGACCAGCAGCAGCGUGACCAGGCGGUACGGGGGCCCAUGGCCGAUUUGGGGCCUGGCGGCACCUAUGGAGGCCUGUAAUCUGCCAGCAACCUAUGUCAAAAUGGAAAACCGCAGGAGUGUGAGGAGACCUCAAAGUGGCACAUGGCAGAGUGGAAGCAAUGGGAGGCCGUACAGGGACCCAGGUCACACUGUGGGACCAGCA